CAGCGGGCGUACGCGCCGAUCACCCGCUGAAGUGAAGAGCGUCGCAGCGAAUCGUUUAUCAACGCGGGGAGAGUAGGCAGAAAGAAGCCUUCCCGCGCUCUGCGGUGCUUCCAUCGCUCGGCGGCUGCUACUACUUCUACGGUCGACGGGCGACCGGACCGAGCUCUCGUCGCGGUUGUAGAGGCGUCCGUCUCGUGCUCAACGCUAGUGGAAAGCAGUGACGGCCAGGCAGCGGCAGGCACACUUGACGGACAAGUUCGUCCCUGCGUGCCCUUCUCGAAAAACGUGCGAUCGCAUUUUAGCGUGUGCUGGCGGUAGUCGAAGCGGCGCGUCGUUUUAACGGUACCCGCCGCCGUCGCGUGUGUGUUGUGUGGUGUGAUCCGCUGGUGGUUCCGUUGUGUGCGCGUGCGUGCAUGUGUGUGUGUCGUUAAGGAAUCACUGCUGCUGCUGCGGCGGCGAAGGCCGCGGCCGCGGCACGUUGCGUUUUUUUUUUUACGAUCCCCUGGAUGACCGUGCUCCCACUUUCGCCGUAAGCUCCGGCGGAACGCCCCAAAGGAAGGAAAGUCGAAAGAUCGCUCGACUCGGCUACUGCGGUGCGCCGGAGACUUCGACAUCUACGACGACGACGACGGACGAACGGGCGAUCUUCUGACCGUCGGUUACCACGGGUGUCGAUUGUGCUCGCGGCCUUUCUCCGUUUCGGGCGUGUUGACAAAACGCCAGAUACACACGGCAGUGCUGCUGCUUGCGGCUACGCAAGUGGAUCACCUACCACGAUAGUACCUACUACGACUCGACGGUCGUUGUUGCUACAGCUGACGGCAAAGUGAGCGCGCGCGCGCGCAGGUGUGCGAACGUGGUGGUGUUUUCUGUGUUUAUUUGAAUAGCGCCAUGCACCACCGCCCGCAGUAUCGUGUUGUUCGGCGGCGGUGAAAGACAGAGAGAGAAAAAAAGAGUCCGUUUGGGUGUUCUGUGUCGGCGUGUCGGGUUGUCCUGGUCCGUCGCGUCGGAUCGGCAUGAGCGUGUUCUUCACGAGCAUGGAGGACGUUUCGAUGGAGCCCCGAUCGCUCUCCGCCGGUUGCGAGAAGUCCGCCUCGGCGCCGACCACUCCGACCGAAACUACGAGAUUGCAAGCGCACGGAGUCGCGCUCUCGUCGGCGCUCAAGCGCCGAAGCAAGGGACACCGGGUCAACUUCCCGACGGACGACUGCAUCGUCACCGGCUACGUCGAGCCGCCGAACCCGUGGAGUAACGCAGCUCCCGUUUCCAAGUCCGAGGACCUACUGGAGGUGUACCAGGUCUCCUGUCAGAAACAUGGCGUGGAGCCGCUUUCCAGGCUAGUGCAGCAACUACAGGCAAUAGGCAUUGUGGGCGACCGGACACAGGACCUGAAUUUAAAAGGAGAGAAGCUUGACGCAAGGCAAUGCGAAGCCAUGGAGGACAUCUUCAAGGCCAUGCAGUUUGACUCCAUCAGCUUGGAGGCAUGUCACUUAGAUGACGAGGGAGCUGCUACCGUGUUCGACAUGAUCGAGUACUACGAGUCAGCGCGGAAGCUCAACAUCUCGCACAACCGCAACAUCGACUCCCGGGGCUGGCAAGCCUGCUCAAGAAUGCUCAAGAAGACUCCCUGCUUGCAGCACCUGGAUGCCAGAGGCACAGCGCUGAGUGAGCAGACCCUGCUCGUCCUCGGACGGGCGCUGAGGCUUGGCUCGCACCUCAACUCCUUGCAUCUCGAGAACUGUUCCCUGACGGGCCGUUCACUCGUCAUUUUAGUGGCAGCACUGAAGCUGAACCCAGCACUGAAGGAGCUCUACCUUGGGGACAACGGGAUGACGUGUGCAGACGGCUUACAGCUGGCGAACCUGCUGCGGGCCAACACACGCCUCGAGUACCUCGACUUGCGCGGGAACGGUCUGCAAGACAUUGGUGUGUCGCAUCUCUCGGACGGGAUAGCGCAGCAGCCCUACAGCGCCGACAAGGGGCUCAAGACUCUGGUGCUCUGGAGCAACGGCAUCUCACCAGCGGGCAUGAGGCACAUCUCCAGGGCCCUGGUUGCCACAAAGUCCCUGAUUACUCUCAAUUUGGGUCACAACGCCAUCGGGGACGACGGCUUGCUUGUUCUGCGUGAGGCACUCAUGCGGAACAAGUCACUCUGCAACCUGGGCCUGCAGAACACAAAGAUCACCUGUGAAGGUGCCAUUGCUCUGGCAGAGUUCAUUGCCGACAGCCAGAUCAUCGUGAGGCUGGACCUGCGGGAAAACAACAUCGGAGUUGGCGGCCUCAUGGCGCUCGCUCAGUCACUGAAGCUGAGCAGGAGUGUCACGCGGCUAGACCUGGACCAAGUCAAGUCCGAAAACGACGCCAAGGACAGCGUUCAGGACCAGCGAAGGCUCCUCCUGGAAAUUGGCGAGCAGUGCCGCCGUAACAAGAGGCUCCUCCGACUGGCCUCCGUGUCCAGCGUCUGCAAUGGUAUUUCGGAUCCCAAUGCGCCUAGCCUGCCGGACCUCGCCAACUCCACACUCCUCGCGAACGGCACCAUCAUGGCGACCGAUGCUGUGGCUACUCAGGCACGGCCGCCAUUCAGCACGAGCCUCUCUGUCAACGCCGUUACGGGUGGCAACGCUGCACCGCCUUCAAGCCCGGGGACCAGCCGGUUCCGUGUCUCUCGGGUCUGCCUUGAGACAGAUGCUGAGAACGGACCGGCCGUCUCGGAGAAUCCGAACACCGUGCAGCUCCGCAGUGCCGGCGCCGAUCACGCCGCCGCCUCGGUGAACCUGGAGCGCUCCUACAGCGCCCCGGCUUCCGUACCAUCUCGCUUCACUGUGACGCCCGUCAAUGGGUUCAAACCUGCCAUGGCGGGCACCGUUGGCAUUGCAGUUGAAAAGAAAGACGAGAGUGUGACAUCGGACACCACAGCGGAGUCAAACGAGCACGAUGAUGCUUAUGGGCACAACCACCAGAACAAUGAAGUUGAGGACGAGGACGAGGAUGACGAUGAGGACGACUUUGUUGGGCAUGCAGUGUCGAAGCCCGUCACCAUUUUGACGGCGUCUGGAGCAUGCCGUCGAGGAAGUGCAGACGACUUUGAAGAGGGAGGAGCAGACGACGAGGGAGGGAAGCAAGAUGAAGAAGAGGAAGAGGCCAAGGACUCGCUCUCAGCGCCGCCCUUGCCGAUGCCCGGAAGGACAAGUCCCACCUGGUUCAUGUACCCCUCCGUGUCUACAUCGGCACAGCCGAGAAACGGAAUAGCGGCGCCCCCUUCCUCUGGUGGCGUGGAGCGGAAGCGCAAGAUCAGCUUCCAGCUGCCGGAGGGCACGACAGGCGAGGGAGGCCGACUUCUCAACGGUCGUGCUGACCGGCGUAUGAGCACGCCCGCCAUGCCGGUGUCGAACAGCGCCGCACGCAAGAAGCUCACGGCACUCAAGCUGUGCAAGAGGCUGGAAAGCCUUGACUUGCGGAGCACGGUGCCCCUGUCACCAACCCGGCUUUUGGAAGGCUGGGCCUUUCCAGAGCCAUCAGUGGACUUUAAGUACCCAUCGGAAUGAAUACCUCGCUCGCAACCUCACGAACGGACUGAACUGGGCUCAGCACACCAAAGCUGAGCCUGCGUUCUGAACAGAAGCUGGACUCGCUUGCCAGAGACGAUUGCACAUGCUCUCAAACUACUAAUGUUCCUAAACAUUCAAAGCAAGAUAUUUCAUUUUUUUUUAAGUUAUUGCGCCUUCUCGGACAGCUUCCACACACCCUCCCUUCUUUUCUUGUUUUUUUCUUCUUUUUUUAAUGUUUUUAUCAGCCUCAUGUGAAGUGUGUACUCGUGCAGCUGCUGUUUGUUUUUUAUGUUUUCACCAAGUGUUUUCAUGCGCAUAGUUGUUUCGCUUUACCGUCACAAACGAACACGUCGAGUUUGUGUGUACUGGUCACAUCUGUGGUGGCAACCCGUGGUUCGCAGCUGUUGAGAGAUGACUGUUGUGCAGUUACUGCAGCACACAUCCUGGCGCAAAAGUUGCAGCCAACAAUAGGAGCCCCGUUUAGGUGACAUUAACUGAAGUGACAGAGAAAGGGUUCUCGUGUUUGGAUCACAGCAGGAGUGUUUGGAACAGUGUUACUUCCAGCUGUUUCCGUGCGUGGUUGUGGCCUUGUGGGGCAGUAUCGGUGGCAAGCACAGCCAUCUUUGUCAUUGCCAGUCAUUAUGUUAUGCUGUUGUUGCCAUUGUAACGGGGAGCUCAUACAUUGCAAUUGUUGUGGAGGGCAGCAAAUGCCUAUUUUAUGUUGGUGUUUACCAUCGAAGGAAAGUCGAGGUUAGGCGAUUCAGGAAACAAGAGAAAAGCUGUCACAUCUCAUAUAGUACAUGGCAGAACCUCUUCUUUUUUAUUUGUCUAUAUUCAUGCAUGUGUCGUCCUCAUUUUGUUUGACCCAACACUUCUAGGCAUGCACGUCGUGUCGUUCAUCUGUUAUCUGCUCUUAUGUUUCCGUGUCACAAAGGCUUACCUGUGACAUUGUCAUGCUGUCACUAUAGGCAGCACAUUCUUAUCGGAGGACGUAAGGUCAAACUUUCAUUAUCUUUGUUUCACAUAUGUAGGGAAUGCAGAAGUGCCAUUAGUUUUAUAAGCUACCACUUGAGCUGUUUUACCUAGGCUCACCGAGUUUAAAAAGGAAACUGGGCUAAAAUUUUGCAGCAGCUGAAUUUUUAUCGAAGUGCUCUAGUGGCUUUUUACACAGGUCGAGUGUUUAGAUUUUAAAUCAUCGCAAUCGCAACUUUUCAACUUGAGGUACCUCCUGAAGGACAGGUUGGCAAGAUGCUAUGGGCUGCAUUUGUUAUGACACUGAAAGGAAAGCGACUUCGAACCCGUAUUUUGCAUUUCAAAUAAAGGCAUUAUGUUAGUUGUGAAAGUUUUUAAAAUUUCUUGUUCGUGAAUUAUCGCUAUGACAUACAGUGGAAUUCUUUAUAGUUUGUUGUGCGCUCUUCUGAAUACUUGGCAAUGUACAUUGUAGGGCUGCGAAGUGAUAGAUACAUUUAAAUAAUUUUUAUAACACAAUUUCUUGCUUUGCAUUGCUUCUCUUUUAUCACUAUACAAAUUUAAAUAAUUUAGUAAAAAUAUAAUCAGUGGCUGCCUGUCUUAGAGAAUUAUUUCAUAACUAAUGUAAUAUCAUAAUUAACAUAAUUUAUGUCAUCAGUAAUGUAAUCAAAGUUUGGUCUGAAGUCAAGAAUAGUUUUUAUACUAAAUGUUUCUGAAUGCUGCAUUUUUGUUUUUAUUUUUAUGUUGUGUCCUCAUUAUGUAGUACUAUAUUGACUGUAUAGGCACAAGUCAUGCCCCCGUUGUUGUUUAUGACCACCGACUCAUACCAACAAUACUAAAUGAAAAUCUGGCACUGCAAAUGUUAAUCAAUUAUGGUAAAACCAUGGGCAGUACAUGGGUAUUUCUAGCUCUUGCCAUGGCUUUGUUAUUAAUGCACUUUGGCUUUUCUUUUAUUAUCCUUUGAGGCUCUAUGCUCUUCAGUGCUUUCUUUUUAAAAGCAGUUUGAUUCUUUACUAGUAAUGAAUAAAUCAUUCUGUUGGGCAAUUCGGACCACGCAAAUAGUAAAUCUCAACAUAUUUAAGUCUGCAUGUUGCUAAAUCUAGAGGAUAUUUAAGCAAUUGCACAUGCUAUGAGUACUUAUUUCUGAUGUCCUAAACAGUUCCUUCUUGUUUAUAUUGUUCCGAAAACCAUUGUUCAUGAUUGAAAAUUUAAUGUAAAUUAGGUCACAAGAAAUGUUAUUUCAAGAAGCUCAUUUAAAGACAGGAGGACAAACUUUUAUACGAUCCCACAGACAAGUCAUACCUCGUUAUAAGAAAGUCACAUCUGACAAGAAAAUGCCUUCUUUAUGUCCGAUAUUCGUUAUAAGCAUAUGUUUGGUAAAUGCCGACAUUUGCAAGAAAGAGUUUAGAUUAGUUUUUAUAUCCGAUAAUUCAUUCUAUCCGAAUUCAUUUUGUAGAGGUUUGGCUGUACUACCCAUCAUCCUCAUGCUGGGGUGCUGGUGCUCUGGACACCAUCGAAUCCCACCAUGUCAAAUUGUGUCAUGUUGGCAUUUUGAGCUAAUCAGAGAUGGUUUAGCCAGGGAGCCAGUCAGUGAGGACGAGAUGGUGAAUUUUACUGUGUGGUAGAAUUCGACUGCAGCUUCUAGAAUGGCAUCCUGGCACCGUCUAGCAGCUAUAUUUGCUGUGCAGGCAAAACACUUGUCCCAGGUUUUCCUUUAGCAUUUUUUGUGUAAAAUUUUACGUUUGUAACUGUGUGAAGUUUCAAGGUUGCUGAACGCUUGCGUCUUGGUCACAGCGGGGGGUUUUUGUCAUCGUUGCAUCGCAGCAGUGAAUUAUUGCUUUGUUUCUUUGCUUUCAUGAUCGUUGCAAGAUCAACAUUUUCGUCAUAUUAGGAGCCAUGUCGAGAGUUGUCAAAGUACCAGCUCUGAACACAUUUCAACGCGCCCUUGACUUUGAAGGGUUCCUGGCACUGUAAGGCUCAGUUACCUCAUGUUGAUACCAUUGUCAAAUGGGAUUAUGGGCUUGUGAAAUGACCCUAUGUACGAUGCAGUAAUGUAGCUUCCAGCAGCUGUCAAACACUGCUUUGCAAUUCUACGUGACAUUUGGUCAUCGCUCUUCCAGGUUUGUUUGAAGUGCAUCAUUUCAGUAGUUGAUGUCAUGGCACAAACGCAGUCUGCUCGACCAGCUAUGAUGUGCUAUUUCCUGCACACUUGUUGGCUAUACUGGAAAAAGCAAACACAACAAAAGAAAACUUCGAAGAAAAUUGGACACCUAUUUUCGCAAUCAUUGUUUAACUUCCGCAGUUGCUGAGUGCAUAAUUAGUUUGAGGUGUUUCCAGUAAGUUAUCUUUUAAGCUAGUUGAUAAGAGAUUCAUGUGCACGCCUAACUUUUUUCUAGCAUGGUAUACAAAGUCGAGGGCAUCUGAAAAUCAUAUGAAAUGAUGAAAACAAGGAAACUGACUGGUAGUUCUAGAACAGGUGUGAUUGGAGAUGUCUAGGAGAGUAUUGUGUCUCGCUGUGCACCUAUAAUUAGGCUUAUCAUGAUUAUGACACUAUCGGGUGUACUGACAGGGUCGACGCAUGAAGUGCCAAUGACAUGAACGAGAGGAAUAAGGAAAUGCUUCUUUCAGCGCUUUACCUUACUUGAGAUUAAUAAUCUAAAUAUAUAUUAGUUUGUGGUGAUGAAUGUACUAACAGCUACUGUUGAAGCGUAAAGAAAUGAUAGUGACAGAAGGGAAGAAUAACGAAACAUUUCCUUUUGGCACAUUAUCUGAUCGAUGACUAAAUCGUCUGCCUUACUUAUUAAAGCCAAUCCAGUAAUCAACCUUGUUGAAGGAGCCUUUGAAAGUAAAGAAAGUAAAACUGCUUAAAUACAAUCUGGCUUUCAUAGCGUAAUGUAUCUUUAUCUGCUGAUAUCUAACACUCAACAAGCCAUAAAAGUGAGAUGAAGUGUACGUCCUUACCGUGAGGCAUAAUGCUACAGGUAGUCGUUUGCAUUAACAAUACUCUGCCGUUGUGGAACUGCAACUGUUAACACAAAACGUCCUUCCAUGUUGAAGCAUUUUCACGAAUAUCCAAGAUGCAUUGUUGACACUGAGUGCGUGUAUUACCAAAGCGAUACAGAAAUCCGAAACAUCUUUCUCCAAAAAGCAUUUGCGCAAUGCCGAAAGUGUGGUAGUGCCUCUAAAAGUUGAUAGUGUUAAUAUUUUAGCAUACAUACUAUAUAUCGUGACUUGCUGUGACAUUCCGAGAUUGCAUGCGACAUAGAGAUGCCUUUUAUUUCUCUAGAAAAAAAGAAGAGUGAUAUGUGCCACGUAUCUUUCCGAUUCAGCUGUGCUACUGUAGACAGGUGAAAUGCACAUCUCUUCGAGUGCGAACACAAAUAAGAUGCGAGAAUUGCGAUAAUGCAAUUUAUUUUCUCAUCUGAAUAACAGUGCAUUGCACAUCAAACUUAUGAUCGAGCGUCCUAAUCUGUCCACUAUUUCAACAACCUUCCAUGACUUGCCAUGUUCUAGGUAAAAAAUGAUCCCUUUGGGUAUGUCGUUUGUCUGCAGUAUUACAACCAAGACCGCGAUUUUGUAGCGGUGACUUUUCCCGAUGCUAAUGCCUUUUGCACUUUUCGCAUUGUUUGUGAGCGGUUGACAGAUGCUCCACCCCGGACGGAGCCUCGAACGCAGCCACCCACGAACGCUAGAAGUGCCAAAAGGCGUUAGCAGCUAGAAAAGGCAUCGCUACAAAAUCGCGGCCCAAAACUUCACAAACAGCUUUACUGCUGGCAUUUAUGUGUUUAGGUGAAAGCUUGUCUUCCCGGUAUUUUUCCAUGUUGGAAACGUCGAAAUGUUUAUGUUUAAAGUGUUGAAUGGAGCAUGUGCGAUUUUCGAACACAUUACUCGUGAUAUGCACUGUGUUUAGCCACAGUGUACAUAGUAUCGAACUUUGAUUGUCAUCUCUAUGAAAUAGUCAUGCACCAUGUUUUCCUUUGCAGUGCUCAAGCAAGGCUUUAUUUUUUUAUAGCUCAUGCGCACUGUUUUAAGUGUGUUCUUUGUACGUCCAUGCCAGCUACGUCAUUUCAGCUGUGCUGUGAGCUAUGUUCUGCUGAAUGUUGUUGCUGACAUGAUAGAGCUAAAUGGAAAUUAAGGAAGUUGCAUAGGUUGAAGUCUGCCUCAUUUAACGAAAUUGUAGGGAUUCAACAAUCAUGGCUAGCAUCGUUUUGUGCAUGUACAGUGUUUAUUUUGUUUAUUUCCACACUUUGUGUCAUUUAAUGUUAGCACCAGCUGCGACACGGUUGGACCACUGUGUCUGAUGAGGAAAGCUGGAUGUCGUGCAAAAGUUCAUGUGCUUUCCAUUAAGUAUCUUUGGAAGGUCUUUUGCACUAAGCCAGUAGCAUCGGUGUGCCACGUAUAGUAUGUGUAAAUUUGCCCACUAUUGUUGAAGAACAUCUGUCAAUCACUUUAUUUCGAAACUGUGCCAAAUUGGGAUGUGUGUUCUUGUACACGGGUUCAGAACAGUCAUUAGAAUUCAGGGGAUACGCAUGGGACAGAAACAGUAGUUGAAGAAAUGCAUCCAGUUGAUGGCUGAUAAACAAAAAUUACUUUGCGCCAUUUAACACCCUGGAAAUUCCACUUGAUAAGCGUUCAAAUGUCAACUACACAUGUCUGUCAAAUAGUUGAGGUUUGAUAUAACUGUAUAUACAACCUACAAUACCUUGUCUUGCUUCUUUGAAACAUUUGCAGAUGUGUGCAUAUAUGUAUAUAUAUAUAUAUAUGUGCAGAAAUGCGGGAAGGUGACUAUUUCUUUUUAAGUCUCAGUCUCUCAAGAUCCCUUUUUGUCACCCACAAUGUGUUUCUGACCAAGAAACUAUGUGGCUUAAUCUUGGUGUUAGAGACUUUUUGGCUAAGCAUGUUACUGUUGCUGCAUCACUGGGGCGUAUUUUUUUUUUUUAUAUGGGAACCAACUCUCAGUUUCUCAAGAUCUAUUUUUCUCGCCCAUGAUGUAUUUCUGACCAAGGAACUGGGUGAUUUGAUGUUGGUGCUGGUACUGUUGCUACGUCACUGAAGUUCAUUUAUGAUGGGGACCUACAGGUUCACUGUGGUUAUGAGGGAAAAGCCAGCGAAAUGUUAACACGCAAUAUUUACCGGGCAGAGCUGAACAAGGACGCGACUAUUUUCAAAGCACAAGUUGCACGCUGGUGCUUGUCAUCGUGUGCAGAACGAUCUUCUCCAUCUCCCACACUUCACUAUGGCAGCAAAGGGAGGUAGCUGUGUACGUAGCUCCGAAAAAAAAAAGAGCACAACCGCCGAUUUCAUCAGAUAUUCUAGUGUAGCAUGUACAGACCCCUUCACAGCUGUAUAGAACAUGAGAGCAUUGCGUUUGAGAGUGUGUCGGGCAGGGAAGCUGCCAUUUUUGCCCAGUGCUUUUGCAGCGCCUUGCCCAGUUCUUUCCAUGCCUAUGCCAGUUAUUGCACUUCAGCUCUCCUGUGAACUACGUUUUGCUGAAUGUUGCUGUCAUGAUUGAGCUAAAUGACAAUUAAGAAAGUUGUCCCAUGCAGGGCACCCUUGGCAUUGGCAUAUGCCGUAUUAUGAGAAAAUUAGCCUGGAUUAGUUGGUUUAUUGCUGGCAAGGAAAGAGCACUGGCAAGCAACAUACACACACUGCUCUCGUGUGUGUCGCUCCUGUGUGCAUGUGCUUCCUUCGUUUUUUUUCCUCCCCAACCAUGUCACUGUCUGCAGUGGCCAUCUUUACGUGCACUUCUAAAAAAAAUUGAGUAGUGAAGGCCCGCGCACCCGACAUUGUGAACUAGGGAACAAGUACUCUAACCAGAUGGUCUCCGACAAGCGAUCCUUGUACACUUUGGAGAGCACGUCGCGCCCGUGCUCUAGAUGAACGUAAUCGGAACCACGAGUUUCCUCUAGCUCUUCUACAUUACCAACCAACUUUCUCCUGUUGUUCCACUUUGCUCCUUUUCUUACCUUGUGUCUUGGCAAAGCAGCCUCUAUACUGCAACUGGCAAAGAAAUAAAAAGAAAUUGUUGAUGCCGAAGAGCCCACCUGUAAAUAUCAGCUAACAGAGUCAUGCCUAGGUGUCUCUGUAGGGAAGUGGUAGCUAAUCAGUGUACUGUAACUUUCGUGCACAGCCGGUGUCUCUAGCCCUGUGAUGUUGAUGAUAUAAUAAUGUGCAUGCAUUGUGAUAGAUGUAGCAUUGUGUAUAGGUACACAUAUACAUAACACAAGACAUACUGUGUCUAACUUUAGAGACCUCUCUUUUUUCUGCCAUUGCCACGUAUGUAUAACAUUGAUCUCAUGUGAUUUGCUGUUUGUUGUCCUUCUCUGUCUCCAAUUUUACUCAUGGAGUGCAGGUGCAAAGUGUUUGUCGAGGAGUUGUUGCUUGCUUUGCUUGAAGAUGUUGCAAGUUUGGGGAAACGUAACGCACCGAGUUUGAUGGGAUGUUGAGUAGGGCAGUUGGGACUGUGAUUUAAGGAGUUGACAUUAGACACAGUUUUGCAAAACGACGCAGGAGUUGCAGUCUUAGAUGUGCGUAUCUUAUGAGAAAUUCUGAACGCAUAUGCAUGCCUAAACUGCACAUUUGUAUAAUUUCUUCCUCGUUGGACGUUUGUAGUCGCUACUCCAGCACUUUUCAUUGCAGACAUGUUUCUCAGUUUCCCAUGCAGAGUUUAAUGUUACGUAACCAGUAAAAUUCUUCACUGGCACCAAGCGCUGCAAACAUUAGGGGCAUUUCACGAGCAAGAAAAAUAUAACUGGGAAUUACAUUAAACUUGCUUCUAGCGUGUUUUCAUCAUUGUGUCGAUGCCUCCACUUUGCAUAUUUGCACAAAGACCACGCCGCAAUUUCGCUGAAUGUAUGAAGAGUUGCUAACGAAAUGAGGUGCUUUAUGCGGCAUGCAUUUUGGUCAUGAUAACGCUGUUAUUAGUAUCACACAUUGUUAAGCGGACACGCUAAUGUUGGCUGAUAUGCCAGGCCAAAAGUAAGUCCAAAACAUGUUUCAUGUCAUUGCUGCUUUAAUUGUUAAAUGAAUAUAUCGAGGGUAUAGCAACUGGAAAUGUUUGGCAUCACUGUGUUUGGCAUCUCUCUGCUUGUCAGUUACAGUGCCCUUAAGUUCCAGUAUAGCAGCAUAACGAAAAAGUUUGCAGUGGUUGUUUCUAUACUGAAAUAUUCUGUUUGAUGCAUGCGUUAGGCAGUUGUGUUGUGGGGUCUCAUAAUAGUCGCAUCCUUCCUUUCAUUCUCUUGAGUUCUCCCAAGUGCUUUUUUAGUUUUCAUCUGCUCCGCAUGUUUCGGCAUCACCGAAAGUAUGAGGCUGUGGACCUGUGGUAGACGAGUGAAAUGUACAUAAAGCUUGCAUAUUUGGAGUGAGAUGUUGAAAGAGAACGCAAUUGCCUUUCCAUUUUUUUUUUUCGUGUUGCAUAUAACGAUCCCACAUUACGGUGUAUCAUGUACUCUAUACUCUAAUGCACAUAGUAGUUGUUUUUUUGUCUCCUACUGACGUCAAGUUUGAUGGACUAGAGGAAGAGCCUUUAUUUUGUAUAGCAGAGCCUACUUCCCAGAUGUUCAUGUUUUUGACAGAGUCUGUGUAACUUGUCGUUGAGCAUUACAUCAGUGUUUAAAUGCUGUUGAUGUUGUAUCAGACAACUCUCAAUGUAUAUAACUGUUCAAUAAAUCGAUGUUCAUGUUACAGUGA